AAACAUCCGGCAGGGUGGGGCGGGGCCGGAAGUGAAAGCGGAAGGCGGUGGCUGAAGCGGUUCUGGAGGUUCCGGACUUGGAGUCGGUGCCUCCAGGUACCAUGGGCCGGGCUGAGGCGCGCUGAAGAGGACGCCGGACGCUGAAGGGGCUUGGGGCUGGGCCAUGGCUGGCGCUCGGGCGGCCGCCGCUGCUUCGGCCGGAUCCUCGACUUCUUCGGGCAACCCGCCGCCGCAGGAGCCGGGACUCGGGGAGUUGCUGGAGGAGUUCUCCAGGACUCAGUACCGGGCCAAGGACUGCAGCGGGACGGGCGGCUCUAAGGUUGAGCGCAUCGAGAAGAGGUGUCUGGAGCUGUUUGGCCGAGACUACUGUUACAGUGUGAUCCAAAAUGUGAAUGGGGAUAUCUGUGGCCACUACCCCCAGCACAUCGUGUUCCUGGAGUAUGAAAGUUCUGAGAAGGAGAAAGACACGUUUCAGAGCACCGUGCAAGUGAGCAAGUUGCAAGACCUCGUUAACCGCAGCAAGACAGCCAGGUGCAGAGGACGGUUUGUCUGCCCAGUGAUCCUGUACAAGGGCAAGCACAUUUGCAGGUCAGCCACACUGGCUGGAUGGGGGGAGCUGUAUGGACGUACUGGCUACAACUAUAUUUUCUCAGGGGGUGCAGAUGAUGCCUGGGCGGAUGCAGAGGACAUCACGGAGGAGGACUGUGCUCUUCGAAGUUCCGACACGCAUCUUUUUGAUAAGGUCAGAGGCUCUGACAUCAAGCUGCUUCGGUACCUGUCAGUGAAAUACAUCUGUGACCUGAUGGUAGAGAACAAGAAGGUGAAGUUUGGCAUGAAUGUAACCUCCUCCGAGAAGGUGGACAAAGCCCAGCGCUAUGCCGACUUCACUCUCCUCUCCAUCCCGUAUCCAGGCUGUGAAUUUUUCAAGGAAUAUAAGGAUCGGGAUUACAUGGCUGAAGGGCUCAUUUUCAACUGGAAGCAGGACUACGUUGAUGCCCCACUGAGCAUCCCCGAGUUCCUGACUUGCUCUCUAAACAUUGACUGGAGCCAGUAUCAGAGUUGGGACCUGGUGCAACAAACACAAAACUACCUGAAACUGCUGCUUUCCAUAAUUAACAGCGAUGAUGACAGCGGGCUGCUGGUACACUGUAUCUCAGGCUGGGAUCGGACCCCCCUCUUCAUCUCUCUUCUUCGCCUUUCCUUGUGGGCUGAUGGGCUUAUCCACACGUCCCUGAAGCCUGCUGAGAUCCUCUACCUAACGGUGGCCUAUGACUGGUUCCUCUUUGGGCACAUGUUGGUAGAUCGGCUCAGCAAAGGAGAGGAGAUUUUCUUCUUCUGCUUCAAUUUUUUGAAGCAUAUCAUCUCUGAGGAGUUCUCUUCUCUGAAGACUCAGAGAAGGAAGAGUUUGCCAGCCCGGGAUGCAGGCUUCACCCUGGAAGAUAUCUGCAUGCUGAGACGAAAGGACCGUGGCAGCACCACCAGCCUUGGCAGUGACUUCUCUCUGGUCAUGGAGAGCUCCCCAGGAGCCGCUGGGAGCUUCACCUAUGAGGCCAUAGAGCUGGUCCCUGCAGGAGCGCAGACUCAAGCAGCUUGGAGGAAGAGCCACUCAUCCUCUCCACAGAGUGUGCUCUGGAACCGUCCGCAGCCCUCAGAGGACCGCCUGCUUUCCCAUCAGGGGCUGGUAGAAGCCAAGUCUUCCAGCUCCUCCUCCUCGAACCAUUCUGACAACUUUUUCAGGAUAGGUAGCAGUCCUCUGGAGGUCCCCAAAGCCAGAUCAGUGGACCAUUCCCUGCCCGGAUCCUCUCUCUCCACAGACUUUGGCAGCUGGCAGAUGGUAACAGGCUGUGGCAGUAUUCAGGAACGGGCUGUCCUGCACACAGACUCCUCUCUCCCUUUCAGCUUCCCGGAGGAGCUCCCUAACAGUUGUCUGCUUGCAGCCCUGAGUGAACGGGAGACUCGGCUGCAGGAGGUGCGCUCAGCCUUUUUGGCUGCAUACAGCAGCACAGUGGGGCUUCGGGCAGUAGCCCCCAGUCCCUCUGGUGCCAUUGGGGGCCUACUGGAGCAGUUUGUCCGUGGUGUCGGACUCCGGGGCACCAGCAGCAGCACCUUAUGAAGCAGCCAACCCACAACAGUUUUCUGCUCCUUUCUCACCUGAGCCCUGAGUGGAAUCAAAGCCAUGUCUGGCCAAGGGGUGCUUCAAAGUUGGGGGAAAUGUCCUCACUCCCCCAUCUGCAUCAUGCAUAUGGCAGCCCCAAAGCCGAGGAGGGCCAAGGACAGGGUUCUCCAACCCCUGGCUUCCUGACUGGUGACCACCACUCCUCUCCGUCACUGCCUCCCACCCACCCUACUCUUCGCCGGGAUUCCCGCCAACUCAGAACUGUGUGGGGUUUCCCUGGGACCUUGUGGAGGACAAGACUUCUCGAAAGGCACCUCCCAUCCAUCUUGUUUCCUGGGGAGGAGGGGGUCACCUGCACUGAGAAUAGGCAAUUUGACACAUAAAAUAAAAUCAAAGUCUUUUUGAACAGCA